GACUUCCUGUGCCACUGAGGCUCCGGGCUACUCAGCGAAAUGGCUGCGUUCCUGCGAGCUCGUAAAUAUGUCCGUUGUGUUGUCCGUUUCUCCGACCGUGAACUGUAAACGGUAGUACUGACCGCCUGUGAAGAUAACAAGGAGACUUACUGGCCAGGUUGUCAUGGCUGACGAAAAUGCAGAUAUUGAAGGUACUGUAGAGGAUGAAGAUGAAAGUUCAGAUGAUCCAGAUCUUCAGCUGGAGCUCAAUGUGUUCAGAGCUCAGUGGAUGUCUGAGCUCAAACCGAGCUCCGGAGCGAGUGGAACGAGCAACCGACUGCUCCAAGCCAAAGGUCUGAGGAAGGCGCAAGAAAUUGCUAGAGAGGAAAAGGCCACAGAGCUAUUCUUGAGAGCUGUUCAGGAGGAGCAGAAUGGAGCUGUCUAUGAAGCUAUCAAAUUUUAUCGCAUGGCUAUGCAGCUUGUUCCUGACAUUGAGUUUAAAAUCAACUACAGCCGUCCUCCUGAUGCAGACAGAGGUGGAGGGAACUACAUGGAGGAUAGUGAUGCUGAUGGGGAGAUCGAGGAUCUACUUGCCUACUUCGAGCAGCAGCUAUCUGUGGAAGGCUCAUUUCCAAAGAUCUGCACUCCUGAGGUUGAAAUGACUCAGGUGCACAUUUCAGCUUUGCCACGGGAAAUCCUGAUGUACAUAUUUCGGUGGGUUGUAUCAAGCGAUCUGGACAUGCGCGCUCUGGAGCAGCUGUCUUUGGUUUGCCGUGGGUUUUACAUUUGUGCAAGAGACCCUGAGAUUUGGCGCUUGGCUUGUUUAAGAGUUUGGGGACGGAAGUGCACUAAACUUGUACCCUUCACAUCCUGGAGGGAGAUGUUCCUGCAAAGGCCCAGAGUCCGUUUUGAUGGUGUGUAUAUCAGCAAAACAUCGUACAUUCGCCAAGGAGAGGAAUCACUGGAUGGAUUUUACAGGGCUUGGCACCAUGUUGAAUACUACAGGUACCUCCGCUUCUUCCCUGAUGGCCACGUCAUCAUGCUGACCACCCCUGAGGAGCCUUUGUCCGUUGUUCCCCGUUUGCGUACCAGGAACACCAGAAUGGAUUCAGUUCUGCUCGGUCACUUCCGUCUCUCACAGGAGACAGGCAAUCAAACCAAAGUUUUUGCUGUUGUCUGCAAGAAAAAAGAUGAGAAAGCGACCGACUUCCAAAGGAAUCGGUUCUGCAGGCGGAACCCAGCUCCGGAGGCUGAACACAGCUUUCACGUGGGACUGGCUCUGUCCUCUGGGGGGCAUCAGAGUUUUAGUAAGCUGGUGUGGAUCCACCAUUCCUGCCACAUCACUUACAAGUUGACUGGGGAAACGGUCAUUACUACUUUUGACCUGGACAGGAUGUACACACCCUUCUUCUUUGCACGUGUGAAGAGUUACACUGCUUUCUCUGAGCAGCCUCUCUAAGCAGACCCUGCACAUGAUCUCACGAAGACCGCAGCAGAGAUUGAGUCAUCGUUGCAUCAAAAACACACGUACUUCUCAGCCUUGUUUUAAUUUGUGCUGCAGCUGCUUUAUGGUGUUGCUGUUUGAACCCUCACGUUUUCUAAAUGAAAGCAUGUCAUUCUUUCAGGUACACUUUAGAGAAAAAUACUUAUUUUCUGAUUUCAGAAAUUGUGGUAAUAUGCUGAGAGCUAAAAUAAUUAGCAGAAUUUCCCACCUGUUCCAAGCAAUGAAUGUUCAUACUGUUUUUGUUUUGUUGUGCACUUUCUUCCUCAAAUAAACAGUGAUGAACAAAACGGC